AGAGUCAUAUGUUACAACCUGAGUUUUACGGUCUCCAUUUGUCUCUCCUCUUUGAAUAUUUUUCGAAGAGAAGAGAUGAUGGAUUUCAAUAAAAGCCUCCUUAUCAUCCUAUCCUUCUCUUCUCUUCUUAUAUUUUCCAAUGCCGUCCCAUCAACUCGCAUUGAUGAUUCCAUUUCCACAACUGUCCCAACCCCAACCCCUUCAAGCGAAGUUAUUGAUUACAUUGUCCCAGAGCAAACAGACUUUGGUCUCAAUAUGCCAGAGAAUUCCGCUUCUCCAGAUGAUUUCGUUUUUCGAUUAGAGGAUCCAAACUUGCUAGGAACUGUUUCAGAAGACAUUGCCAAGAAUGCCGAUCCUGAGAUCGUAAAAUUAUGUGUCGACGGAGAAAGUCCAUCUCUUUGUGCUGCAACUAUUUCAUCACUCUUGAAAGGUCCUUUUGACCCCCUCAAGGCACUUGAGAUUGAGGUUGAUCUCACCCUCCAACAAGCCAAGAGUGUAGCUGCUAUCAUUACAGAGUUGCUUAAAGACCCUAGUACCGACAAAAAAGCAGUCAAGGCUCUCGAGAUAUGCCAAACACAAUACAAAUCAAUGCUGGAUGCAAUCAAUGAGACAGUUGAGUUACUUGGACAACACAAUGUCGUGGACUCUUUUUACAAGUUCAGUUCUGUGAUAUCAUACAAAACUACAUGUGAGGAUGCUUUUGUGAAAUCUCCUGGAGUUGAAAUGCCAUUUUCUCGGGAUUCAAGUACUCUAUUUGAUUUGGGUGGUAAUUGUUUGGGCAUCAUGAACACUUUAGUUAAUAACCACAAGAUUUAAAUAAAUUAGUUCAUGAAAUGGGAGAGCAUGGCAUGGGAGGGAGAAGGAGGUGGUGACUGG